GAGUCUUCUUAUCUUCUCCUUCCUCCUUCGUCACGAAGAAGAGGGUCAAGAAAACUAAAAAAAACAAUGUUCACUUCCUCCGACAAACCUCCUUCUCCAAUCGAUUUCUACAAAGACGACAACUCCAACUCCAACCAAUCUCCAACCUCACGAGACAUAGAGAUGAUGAUCGACGGACACCAACACCAACACCAAAUCCUCCUGGGAGACAACAACAACAGCAGCAGCAGCAGCGAGGACCACGAGAUCACCACCACCAAGGCCCCGAAGAAGCGAGCUGAGGCGUGGGUGCAAGACGAGACCCGAACCCUGAUCACGCUCCGGAGAGAAACUGACACUCUUUUCAACACGUCAAAGUCCAACAAGCACCUCUGGGAAGAGAUCUUGAGCAAGAUGAGGGAGAGAGGGUUCGAUCGGUCUCCGGCCAUGUGUACGGACAAGUGGAGGAACCUGUUGAAAGAGUUUAAGAAGGCUAGUAAUGACGACAAAGGUGGGUCCGGCGGGAAGAUGUCUCAUUACAAGGAGAUUGAAGAUAUUCUUAGGGAGAGGAGCAAGAAAGUGGCGGCGGUGGCCACGUCUUAUAAGAGCGUUACUACGCCUUCUAAAGUUGAUUCCUUUUUGCAGUUUCCUGAUAAAGGUUUUGAUGAUGCAGGCAUGUCCUUUGCAUCUGCUGAAGGUAAUGGGAGGCCAACGCUAAAUCUUGAAAGGGAGCUUGAUCAUGAUGGGCAUCCACUCGCCAUUGCUUCUGCUGAUGCCGUCACUGCAAAUGGAGUUCCUACUCCUUGGAAUUGGAGAGAACCUACUGCUGGAAACGGGAGUGAUGGUCAGCAGUUUGUGGGGAAGAUCAUAACAGUGAAGUAUGGAGACUAUACAAGAAGAGUUGGGAUCGAUGGUACAGGUGAGGCCAUCAAGGAAGCUAUCAGAUCCGCGUUUAGGUUAAGAACAAGGCGAGCUUUUUGGGUUGAGGAUGAAGAACAGGUUGUACGCUCUCUUGACAGAGACAUGCCUCUAGGGAACUAUACACUCCAUGUAGAUGAAGGAAUAGCUGUUAGAGUGUGUCAUUAUGAUGAGUCUGAUCCGUUACCAGUUCAUCAAGAGGAGAAGGUGUUUUACACGGAAGAGGAUUACAGAGAGUUCUUGGGACGAAGAGGAUGGACGUGUCUGAGAGAGUUUGAUGGAGGGUUUAGGAACAUAGACGGUAUGGUUCGGAAUGUAGAUAGUAUGGAUGAUCUUCAACCUGGUCUCUUGUACCGAGGAAUGAGAUGAUGAGAUAAACGAGUAGUGCAGGCAGCUAGAAGAUAACCCUUUUUUUUUCUUUGUACAUAUAUUUCGUCGAUACAUUUCAUCUAAUGUUAGAUU